AUGAAUAUAAUAAAUAUUAAAGCUGAUUUUAGUGAGGAAAACAGAUUGCCAAAUUUUAUCAACUAUGAUAUUCCGUGUUUCAUUGACUUUGGAAGUGAAGACACUGCAAUGAUAUUUUUCACGGCCAUAUUCGUGUUGGGAUUGACAUUGGCAGAUGCGUCAUGCCCCUCUAUCGUGUCGAAGAAGGAGUGGGGUGGUUUGAAACCCAUUCACGUGAGCUACCUCCUCAGGCCUGUAGACCUAGUCAUUAUUCAGCAUACAGUUACCCCAUUUUGUUCGACUGAUGGCACUUGUACUGAGGCUGCUCGGAGUAUACAAAAUUAUCAAGUCGAUGAGUUAGGAUACUGGGAUAUUGGCAUGUCAUUUCUUGUAGGCGGUAAUGGGAAAAUAUAUGAAGGCUGUGGCUGGCUCCACGUCGGCGCCCAUACAUACGGCUACAACAGCAAAUCCAUCGGCAUAUCCUUUAUAGGGAACUAUAAUGAUGACGAUCCAACAAGUACCCAACUCGAAUCUGUAAAGGAACUUUUACGCUGUGGAGUGGAGGAAGGUCAUUUAUCAGCAGAUUACAAAGUUGUUGGACACAAGCAAUUAAUUGCUACACAGAGUCCUGGAAGACGAUUGUACCAAGUUAUAAGAACCUGGCCCGAGUGGUUGGAAGAUGUUACAUCUAUUAAGAAUAAAAGUUAA